AAUCCAUAUCCUAACAUGAAAUUUUCCAACUUUUAAAUGUUUGAAACGAAUUCCCCAAAUUCGGAAAUAUUGAAUGGGCCAAAUGAAACACACUUUGGAGACAAAUCUGGUCCCAGGCCAUAGGUUGGCAGCCCUUACCAUUGAAAAUAUUGUUUCAGUUCUUAACUGGUUUGCUUCCUGCCUCUGUCUAGAUUGUUUAUCCUUUUCUUUCUUUCUUUCUUUUUAAAGACGGAGUCUCGCUCUCCUGCCCAGGCUGGAGUGCAAUGGCUAGAUCUUGGAUCACUGCAACCUCUGCCUCCUGGGUUCAAGUGAUUCUGCUGGCUCAGCCUCGCGAGUAGCUGGGACUACAGUUUUCCCAUAGAAAGAGGCUCACAGGGGACCAGGAGUCCGACUGUAGGAUAAGCUCGGGCCCCACGUGUUCCCGGUGCUCGCUGGCCAGAGCCCCCGGCUUCCCAGGGCCGUGGGACCGUGGCGGCACCCGCACACAACCUACUUCCCGAGCGGAGCCAUGUCUGGUAACGGCAACGCGACUGCAGCAGCGGAAGAAAACAGCCCAAAGAUGAGAGUGAUUCGUGUGGUUACCCGCAAGAGCCAGCUUGCUCGCAUACAGACGGACAGUGUGGUGGCAACACUGAAAGCCUUGUACCCUGGCCUGCAGUUUGAAAUCAUUGCUAUGUCCACCACAGGGGACAAGAUCCUUGAUACUGCACUCUCUAAGAUUGGAGAGAAGAGCUUGUUUACCAAGGAGCUUGAACAUGCCCUGGAGAGGAAUGAAGUGGACCUGGUUGUUCACUCCCUGAAGGACCUGCCCACUGUGCUUCCUCCUGGCUUCACCAUAGGAGCCAUCUGCAAGCGGGAAAACCCCCAUGAUGCUGUUGUCUUUCACCCAAAAUUUGUUGGGAAGACCCUAGAAACUUUGCCAGAAAAGAGUGUGGUGGGAACCAGCUCCCUGCGGAGAGCGGCCCAGCUGCAGAGAAAGUUCCCACAUCUGGAGUUCAGGAGCAUUCGGGGAAACCUCAACACCCGGCUUCGGAAGCUGGACGAGCAGCAGGAGUUUAGUGCGAUCAUCCUGGCAACAGCUGGCCUGCAGCGCAUGGGCUGGCACAACCGGGUGGGGCAGAUCCUGCACCCUGAGGAAUGCAUGUAUGCUGUGGGCCAGGGGGCCUUGGGUGUGGAAGUCCGAGCCAAGGACCAGGACAUCUUGGAUAUGGUGGGUGUGCUGCAUGAUCCUGAAACUCUGCUUCGCUGCAUCGCUGAAAGGGCCUUCCUGAGGCACCUGGAAGGAGGCGGCUGCAGUGUGCCAGUAGCUGUGCAUACAGCUAUGAAGGAUGGGCAACUGUACCUGACUGGAGGAGUCUGGAGUCUAGAUGGCUCAGAUAGCAUACAGGACACCAUGCAGGCUACAAUCCAUGUCCCUGCCCAGCACGAAGAUGGCCCUGAGGAUGACCCACAGCUGGUAGGCAUCACUGCUCGGAACAUUCCGUGAGGACCCCAGUUGGCUGCCCAGAACUUGGGCAUCAGCCUGGCCAACUUGUUGCUGAGAAAAGGAGCCAAAAACAUCCUGGAUAUUGCACGGCAGCUUAAUGAUGCCCAUUAACUGGUCUGUGGGGCAGAUGCCUGGGUUGCUGCUGUCCAGUGCCCAUUCUCAUGCUAGCUGGGGAGCAAUUACCCCAGGAGACUGAACAGCAGGGUCCAAGCCUUCCAGGGAUUUGCCUCACUAUGAGGCCCUGAUUGAUGACUGCCUUGCCUCCUCAGUAUGUGAGGGCUUCAUCUCUUUAGAGAAAUCCAAGCCACAGCCUUUGAAUGUAACCAGUUCUACUAAUAAACCGCUCUGAAGGUGAAAAAAAAAAAGAGGCUCACAGGAUCCAUGGUAGAGCUGAGCAGUGCAAGGGAUGAAUGUGGCAGCCCUGAAAAUGUGUCACUCAGACCUCUGACUUCAGGAAAAGUCAUUGACCAAGGGCAGCAGCUGUGAAACCCAUCUGUGGUUCACACAGGAGGCUCCGGUUUGCUUCCCACGAGCAGAUCCCAGCCAAAGAAUGAAGGUGUAUCUGCUUGUGGAGACACAGGACUCCUCGAAUGGGCAGCUUUGGAUCAAGGACUCCCCCUUGACUUUGUAGAAACUUUCUCACUGCGCUGCAGUCGAAGAGUCUUCCUAUCCCAUCGUCCUUCCUUCUGUCUCUCUUUUCCACGUGUUAGAUCUAGGACAGUCUAAUGAUCUUCCCAGCCUCCUCUUCCUCCCUCUCUCUUGUUCCCUCCAAAGGGUUUUCCUCAAUCAAUCGUUUGUACAUCUGGCCCACCUUGCCUGCUUCUCAAAGGAUGGAACGGACACAACACAUCUGAAGAGACAAACAGAAGUGGUGACUUUGGGAGGCCAAGAUGGGUGGAUCAUGGAUCACCUGAGGUCAGGAGUUCAAGACCAGCCUGGGCUAACAUGAUGAAACCUCAUCUCUACUAAAAAUACAAAAAUUAGCUGGGCCUGGUGGUGGGAACCUGUAAUCCCAGCUACUCGGGAAGCUGAGGCACAAGAAUUGCUUGAACCAGAGAGGCAGAGGUUGCAGUGAGCCAAGAUUGCAACAUUGCACUCCAGUCUGAGUGACGGAGUGAAACUCUCUCAAAAAAAAAAAAAAAAAAAGUGCCAGCCUGUAAUGCUGCAGUCCUUUGUCCUUGACACCUAGGGAUAAGCCAUUCCUGCCAGCUCAAAAGGGCCACCUCUCCACAGAGGGUCUUGGUGGAUAGUGGAACAGAAAGAUAAAACUUGGCCAUGUUUGGUUCGAUUCAGUCACUUCAGAGAACAAAAAAGAAAGAAAGAAAGAAAAACUUGGCCAUGAUUUUCUUUUCUUUUCUUUUCUUUUUGAGAUUCAGUCUGUUCUGUCACCCAGGCUGAAGUGCAAUGGCACAAUCUCCGCUCACUGCAACCUCUGCCUCUCAGGUUCAAGUGAUUCUCCGGCCUCAGCCUCCCAAGUAGGUGGGAUUACAGGCACCCACCAGCAUACCCAUCUAAUUUUUUUUUUUUUUUUUUUUUAAAUAAUAUAGACAGAGUUUCACCAUGUUGGACAGGCUGGUCUCAAACUCCUGACCUGGUGAUCUGCCCACCUUGGCCUCCCAAAGUGCUGGGACGACAGGUGUGAGCCACUGUGCCCGGUCUGUCUUCUUUUCUAAUUUAAUUAAAUUUAUUUUGUAUUUAUUUUGA